AUGGUGCCGAAGGUUAAGGGGUUGCCGAAGGCACAAAGUUGCAUAUCGCAGGGCAAUGGGCCUAGGCACGAGGGUGGCGAAGGUGACACAAAGCUUGCAUGUUUGCAAGACAAUGUGCUUAGGUACGGGGGUGUCGAAGGUGACACAAAGGUUGCAUGUCGCAAGGCAAUAUGGCUAGGCACGAGGGUGCCGAAGGCGACACGAGAUGUGGCUAGGCACGGGGGUACCUAA